UACCUAUUCAAGUGAAAGGGGUGAGUGUGACCAAACCUUUGACUGGUACCGCAUGUGUGUAUAUGUGUGUGGGUGUGUGUCAGCCUCCCACCACCAUCAGCAUCAGGUGACUCGUGCUAGUUCCGCUCUCUGUUACGUCCAUCACUGCUCACGUGUUUCGCUACCUAGCGGCGCCCUUUAGCCUCCGUGGAGCGGCUCUUGCCACAGCCACCGGAGUAGUCUGGGUAACAGCAGUAACAAUGGACAACCUUCAUGCAGUGCUAUCGGGUUCCACCGUUACUCCCAACGAUAGCAUCGAUCGCGUAAAUAAAUACAAAUGUUCUCAGAUGAGGAGCGUCCAUUUUAGUUUACAGGCGCGUGUGCGAGAGAGAGAGACACGAGAGAGAGAGAGACACGAGAGAGAGAGAGACUCGGAGGGAGUGGAGGGAGGAGCUUAGACAUUGUAAGGGAAUACACACAGACCAAGGUGUUCCUAUUGACCAGGAGUUUGGAAAGGGAGCUUGUUGUCUAUGAUUAUCAUUUUAUUUUGUAUUCAGAAAAAAAAAACUUUCUUGGUUUUGGAUGAAUGGCCAUGUUGCUUCAAAUGAUGACCUUGUGGAGGUCUUGAGGCAUCAAGGAGAGUUGUGUGUGAGUAUUCCUUUCACAGAGAAGGAGAGGAAGCUAGGGGAGGACGAAGGAAAGGAAACUAGGGGACUGCUACACUGGAGCUUUCAGCCAGGACCUGUUGAGGAAUGACAGCUGAUGUACGACUCACGCUGUGGCACCUCCAGUGGCAGCGCCUGAGCUUCACAAAUUGCAGAGGUUAAAUUCUUGAUGUCUGAUUUAGUGAAACAUUUAGAUUUGGGUGGGUUUCUGUCGUAAGCUGGUAGAACGUCACAUUGGCACGUCGCUGAUGGCAAGGCAGCCGAAGAUUUGAGUGCAUCUCUGCCGUAAGCUAAAUGCUAAGGAAAGUUUUAAGGAACGGAAGUAAGGGGAACCCUGAAAAAUGUAAAAACUACUUGAGGACCUGCUGAGGGAAAGACUCUUGGGGCCUUGUUAGGGAGCGCCACAAAAGGGACCAGUAUCCGAAAACACCCCCCGGGAGAUGAGAAAACCAGGCUUGUGUAUGUGUCUCCCGGCAGCGUCACCAGAGCCUGCGGGUGGACGUAAACAGGUUAAACGUGUCUCUCCUGAGGCGGUUCAGGGAAGGAGUGGCGUCUGCUCUGGACAUUUCACCCAGACACGUACACAUCAACAGACUUAAUGAGAGGAAGAAUGGCAUCGAGCUGUACGUGUCGUCUGAUAGGCCAGGGGCCAUGGAGCCCCUCCCAGCAGAGGAAGUCAUCCAAUCACUGAACGUUGACAUCCUGCACCGCGGCCUUGGCCACUUGGGCAUCAGAGAGGUCUCCUCGGAGAAGAAUGUACUUCAGAGUCAACACGAGAGAGACAAUGUUUGGACCAAAGAAGGAUUCUACGCCGUGGUCAUCUUCCUCACCAUCUUCAUCAUCAUCAUAACCUGUUUGAUGGUCCUCUAUCGUCUGAAGGAGAAGGUUGAGUAUUCUGACAGGCAGAUCAAGGAGCACUCCAUCGUUCCUUGCCGGGACCUUCACCGGGACCUUCACCGGGACCUUCACCGGAGCCCUGUUCCUGCCCCGGUCCCAGUGCAUGUUGUUGGAGCCCAGACCCAGCCCCAGGUCCCCUCCAGCAGCAUGGUGAAGGCAGAGGCCAAGCCCACCUCCACAUCCAUACCUACACCCAGAGCCUGUCGCCCACCGCCCGCGGCCUCUCUCCACGUCCCUGUCGCCCCCAAAGUCAACACACCCACCUCCACACCCAUACCUACACCCAGAGCCUGUCGCCCACCGCCCGCCGCCCCCGUCCCUAUCCCUGUCGUCCCCAAAACCAACAGCACCAGCUCCAGCUGCAGCCCUCCGCAACUUCAUCCGGCCCACGAGCUCAAACCCUGCCUGCCCGCCAGCCCGUCUCCUUUCAGGAUGAAGCCCGCCGCUGGCCUUCAGGAGAGGAGAGGCUCAAAUGUGUCGUUGGUGCUGGAUAUGAGCUCCCUGGCCUCCGUGGAGCCCCUGAACUGUGGCGUGGUGACCCCCAGGGAGCGGGCCGCUCAGGAGUACCUGCAAUCUGCCGGACGGGCCCUGUCACGACAGCAGCUCCGAGACGUGGUGGUCAACACUCAGACCCUGCACGCAGAGUUCGCUGAAAUCCCAAUGAACUUUGUGGAUCCGAAGGAUCUGGACGUUCCCAGUCAUGGAACCAAAAACAGAUACAAGACCAUAUUGCCAAAUCCACACUCCAGAGUGAUCCUGAAAACCAAGAGCUCCUUUGACCCUCUUAGCAGCUACAUUAACGCCAAUUAUAUACGGGGUUACCAUGGUGACGAGAGGGUCUUCAUCGCCACCCAGGGACCCAUGAUCAACACAGUGAAUGACUUCUGGCAGAUGGCCUGGCAAGAAGACUGUCCUGUCAUAGUGAUGAUCACCAAGCUCAAGGAGAAGAAUGAGAAAUGUGUUCUGUACUGGCCGGAGAGACGCGGUAUCUAUGGCAAGGUGGAGGUCCUCGUCAACGAUGUGAGAGUGUCCGACCACUACACCUGUCGCACACUGACACUCAAGCAGGGAGGCCAGAGCCGCGUGCUGAAGCACUACUGGUACACGUCGUGGCCUGACCAUAAGACCCCGGACAGCGCCCAGCCCCUCCUCCAGCUGAUGGGAGACGUGGAGGAGGACCGGGCCGCCGCAGGAGCCCCGGGCCCCGUCAUCAUUCAUUGCAGCGCCGGGAUUGGCCGGACGGGCUGCUUCAUCGCCACGACGAUAGGGUGCAAACAGAUGGCGCUGGAGGGCACAGUGGACGUGCUGGGCAUCGUGUGCCGGCUCCGUGCCGACAGAGGGGGGAUGAUUCAGACAGGAGAGCAGUACGAAUUUGUCCACCAUGCUCUGAGUCUCUUCGAGACCCGCCUCACCGCCGACACCGGCCAAUGAACAACGGACAGGAAGCUGACGCUGUGUGAGUUUAACCAGGGAGUGGAAUUUAACUUCCCUAGCUUUAGCGGAAAUCGGGUGGCUACUGAGGAAGUGGGUAUCUGGACAUCGAUUGUAUCUCUGGAUUUAUGGUCAGACUCAUGUGGACGUGGACGGACAGCUUGGACUGCUUUGGGAUGAUUGGCUGGGUCUCUUCACAGCUGGAGAGAUGGAUGGAUGGAUUGAGAGAAAGAGAGAUUACUUUGUCUCUGAAUGUAAUGUAUCCUUUUUUCUCCUUGUCUUCAACUUCUUCUUCAACUUCUACUUUGAUCAUGAGCAGCUCUGACAAUGACUCUCAGCUCUGUCUAAUCAGCCUGUCCGAUACUGAAGCUCUGACUAAUCAGACUGUCCGAUACUGAAGCUCUGAACAAUCAGAUUGCUCAAUUAUAGCUCUGUGGUAUGCUACUCUGACCUCUGUGUGGUAGAUGGGUACUCCAUUGUCCUUGAAUCAUCGAUGGUAUUGGUAUGACAAAGCAAAAGUUACAUUUUUUAAAUGAAUAGCACUUGUCUUUGUGACUACAAUAUUUUUGAAUUAUGAUUUCUAUUUCUAUAAUUUUUUCAUGAAAUGGAAGUGUUGUUAUACAAACAGUGUUAUAGAAAUGACUGUUACAUUUCAUCGGUGGCUGGCUUUUCUCUCUGUAACACAGUGGAAAGCCUCCGUCUCGGCCAAUACGGUAUACCUCUGACACCACGUUGCUCGUCCAUUUAAACCCCACUGUCGUCCAAUUAAACAUCAGCGUCAUCCAUUUAAGUGUCACUGCGCAAACAUCUGGCUCGUCAGAAUGUUCUUCGUCCUGUGCAUCAUAGCCAUACUGUUUGUCAUAGCCAUACUGUGCAUCAUAGCCAUACUGUUUGUCAUAGCCAUACUGUUUGUCAUAGCCGUACCGUGCAUCAUAGCCAUACUGUUUGUCAUAGCCAUACUGUUUGUCAUAGCCAUACCGUGCAUCAUAGCCAUACUGUUUGUCAUAGCCAUACUGUUUAUCAUAGCCAUACUGUUUAUCAUAGCCAUACUGUGCGUCAUAGCCGUACCGUGCAUCAUAGCCAUACUGUUUGUCAUAACCAUACUGGUUGUCAUAGCCAUACUGUUUGUCAUAGCCAUACUGUUCGUCACAACUGUAGGGUUGUGAUUACAGAACAGAGGCACGCUGUAUGUAUGUAUGUGCUCCCUGUGAAUCCCCUGCUUCAUGUAAAUGUCCUCUACUCACAGUCUCUGUGGUCACAAACAACUGUCAUGGCUGCCGUGUGAAGUCCAGCGUUGUCCCAUGCCAAAGAUCGCUGUUACCAGUUACGUUGUUAUCUACCCAGUCUCUGAAAUGGCAUGACAUUACAUCAGUAAAUGUGUUUUAAUACCAAUGUAAUAACACAAUAGUUUGCGCUAUUUUUGACUCCUUACCUUACAAAACCAUCCUUAUGUACCGUUUAGUGCGUUGACAAUUAGUAAUCACAGAUGAUAUAUGCCUACUUUCUUUACCAAAAUGUAAACGUUUAAAUGACAAUGGUUAUAUGAAUAUGUUGAUCGUUUAAUGAAAUGUCAUAGAUAAUGUUGAUUUUAUUUUUAUACAAUAUGAACUUCAUGUUUUCAUGUGUACAUUAAUCCAAUGAUCAUUUGGCACUUUUAAACUGGGUCUCUUUUCAUUUCUCAAUGGUAUAGAUUCCCAAAUACUUUAUCUAAGAAAAAAAAUAUAUACAAAAAUAGCAUGAAUCAUACAGUACUUGGAUAAUUAUUUAACUUGAUUUGAGUCACUGGUACAGUAUAACUACUUAAAACCAAAUACAUACAUUUGAAGAUCCACCUUAAUUACUGAAAUUCUUCAAUGAAGUGAGAUAGACAAAUAUAUCCUAUUCUGAAUACCACAACAUUCCAGAAAAGACACAAAUGAGGACAUUUCCUUUGCUCCACAGGAUGCCCAUAAGCACUAGACACUUCACACAAAGUUUUUCCCACUCUGCUUGGCAUGAAUUAACAAACAUAGGUUUCAGACAUGGCAGGUGGGUCUUAGCACCCAGAAUCACCAAACUGAAUAUUGCUAAAUCUUUAGAAAAAAAAGUUUUAUAUUGUGCAAAUAUCACAUUCGAGUUCUAGGCCAGGGUUUUUUGUGCUCAACAGACCCGAAAAGCCUCCAACCGAAAAUCGUUAAAUGCUCGUCUUCAUGAACAUUCCAUAUGUAUUGUAGAGGAGCGUGUACAGUACAUGUGAAAAGUGCUAUUAAACAUUAUGUGGACGGUCAUAACUGCACGGGCCACAUAACAAUAAUAUCUCGCUGCUGAAAAACUGCAAGUGUUCGAGACGCCUGUGGAAGGAUACAAGAUUGUUGUCCGUUGUGCGACGAUGAAUCGCGAAACUCUGAGGAACACUUUUUUUUGUAUUUACCUACCGAGACGUUUUUUUUUUAAAUUAUUAUUUGUAAUACAAAUGUUUUUGGAGGAAAGUUAUAUUUGUGUACUUAUCGAUAGAACAUGGCGCCCUGGGAGUGUGGCUCAUAGUGCUCCUGACUUGGUGUGAAUAUGUGUAAUGGUUAACCUCCGUGCAUUUUGUUCAGUAGAAGAUUAUCUAUCCACUAUGUGGGCUUAACGGCCAUAUUAGCCGGCAGACCUAAAUGACACCCGGUUCCCCACGUGGUGCCCUGCUUUUGACAUCGGGGCGGUAGGGCCUUGCCCAGGGGCUGUACUAGUGCAUCAUUUUGCCUCACGCUGCAGAAGCCAACUGGAAAGGUUCCGCCGUAGGGAAUGGUGUGCCAUUUGGAACGUAUUCUAUGACUUGUUUCCUGUGUGCUACUAAUCAAGUUUGAAUGUUGUGAUAAAUUCUCUCUGUCCAACCUAAUAACAAUAAUAUUAACUAUUUAUUCGUCUACAGCUGUGGGAUCUUAAUUCGAGCUGUUUGUUUUUCUACAGCAGGAAUAUAAUAAGCGGAAUUAAAUGUGAAUUAUCAUUGGACAACGUGAAAUGUGGACCAUGAUUUUGGGACAUUCUCAAUAACCGAAAAGGAAGUCUGGUAUUUUCGAAAAGCGGAAAUUACAAAACUUCAGAAGUCUUUUUAAACCUAAAAAAAUACACCACAGGUUUAAAAUGUUCUGCAUUGCAAUAAAUUGUCCUGAAACAGUGUGAUCAAAUUAAGAUCCAACAUCUGUGCUAUGAGCUGUACAUACUUUAUGCCUCAAUUUAAUGGACAUGUUUAGAGAGAAACACAAAAAGGGGUUUCAUGGCCUAAAAUCUAUUCUUCUGCUGUUAAUACUACUGAGGAAACUUUUUCUCUCUCUUGUACUGUACAACUGAAAAUCUGUUAGCGCAAAAUACAUGUUGGUGCAAAGGAAAGGCUGUCAGUGUGAAUCUAUAUACCAACUCUUAUGUGUCAUUCAAAUAUGUGCGUAACGGCAGAGCAAGACAAAUUCAGGGUGUUGUUCUGUUAGUCCAGUGGGUUGGGUACUAAAGCCAUACCAGAAUGUUGUCACGGACCCCAAAGUGUUCUGUGGACUACAUUAGUAUUGUUUUGCACAUGGGAUACCCGUAGAUGUUACUCUGUGUCUCUGUUUUGUGCUGAGUGGUGCUGCCCUGACACUUCUGCUGUACUACCGUGGCUAGGUAGUUAGUGGUGUGACGAAAAACAAACUGCCGGCGCCCCAAUUCUGAAUCUGACACUGUACUGACCAUGUGACAUUGACUUUGUAGUCCAUACUGCCAAUAAAGACAAACUGUUUUAACCUGUUACACA